AUGUGUCCUAGAACUCUAUUCAUCUUGAUAGUGGUUGCUGUCACCCUGGAUAACGCAGACGGCACUCUUUUCUCCAGUGUGGAGGGAGGUACAUUCGCUGGGGGUGGAAGAUCGUUGGGUCCCAAUUUUGGAAUUGGCCGUUUUAGACCAAGGGUACCUUUCCUGGAGCUGCAAUGGCACCACCAAUCAGGAGUGGAAGCUGAUGAUGAAAGACCAGCGAUGCAGAGAACACUCCAAAGAUAUAUUGAUCCCAUACGCGUUGGUUUGUGUAGAGCGCGAAAAUACGAGUCAGCCGUGGCCCUAUGGCAAGGCAUGAAGUUCGCCGACAAACUGCAGAAUGACAUCUCCAGAACAAGUCCAGGGGGUAGCCGUCAGGUUAUGCUAGCAUCCAACGGCAUCCUAGUUGGCACAGGUCCACGAGGUGGAGCACAAGUCAAAACGAAAAGAAAAUCAUCAUCCUCGAGGGGAAAAUCGUCGUCAACAGCCAGCAAAAAGAAAAAAUCCACUCACGAGUCACCGUUGUCGGAUGCAAAUCCCUUCUUCCCGGUUGAAGCAAUCGGUGAAAUGGCACUCGGCGAUGUGGGGAAGGUGUUUGAGUAUGCGGUCAAGAGCACUCAAGAGGACUUUGAUCGAGACCAAUUCAUAGGGGGGUUGGAAGCCCGACUUCAAAAUGCAGUCCAGGCAAUGGAUAAUGCUUCCUCUAAAAGCCGAGGGCCCAACGUCAGAAUACCCACAACAACAGGCGAACCAGGGGAUAUAGACACCUUCAACUUUUGUGCAGCUAUGCGCAUUUUAACUGAGUGGAGGAUGCUUCGGCAAGUGCCUGAAGGGUACAAGAGCUUUGCUGUUAGCAUGAAAAUGGGCCACAAAGACGUAGUCAGUAACAUUGGAAAGAUGGAGGAGGCUGCUCACGAUUUCAUUGACAGUCAAAAGAAAAAACAGGCGGCUUCAGCGGUCUUUAGCCCGACCUUGAGAGACCUUCUACAGUUCGAGCUGGAUUCAAAUACUCAUGAAUCACUACCAAAGCUGAAAGAAGUCAGCGGUGCCAUGGGUCUUUUGUGGGUAAGAAGGCAGCUGCACUUUCAGCUGGCCUUUUUUGAGAAUUCAUGCGAUAGGAAGAGCUUCCCGACUACAUCAGAAGCGUUCCAGGCAGCCUAUGAACAAGUCUAUACUGACUAUCAUGGACGAACAGUGAGACAAAUCUUCAACUAUUCCUUAAAGGGCGCCCCGGAGAGAAGAGAGGUGUACAAGUGUAUGAACCCUCGUAAACUCCAGGAGUGUCUGGCAGUGCCUAGGCAUGUCAUUGCUGCUUCUAUGCGACAACCAGCUGAAGAUAGCAACAACAAAGGCAGAAUGGGCAGACUCAAACCUCAACCGACGCCACAACCAGUACAUGUAGAUGCCGAGGCUCUCGAUGAUGAGGCUGUGGAUCAAUGGAUUUCUCGAGAAAUGGAAAAGGAUGCUCUGGACCACAUGAAGUCCUUUCUGAGCGUUUCUAGCCCUUUGCUUGGUGACUUGACGCUGGUGAUCGAUGAGUUCAACAUGAACGAUCCGAAGAAAGUAUAG